CUUUACUGUACACUUGUCGAUUUAAAGCAGAGAUAUCGUCCCGGUCGCUGUUCACUCCCUCUCCCUCGAAUCUGGUAGCUGGUAGCUGGAAAGUUCUCCAAGCUCGCGAUCAAACUAAGCAUGUCCAGCACGAUACCAGCGACCUCCUCGUCCCAGUUACCCGUGGCGACGAGUGUAAAACCGGGUUCAGCCGUGAAUCCAGAUGGAAGUGUCGACUUUGGUGCCAAUGCACCGCUAAGAGUAGUGAAAGGAAGCGCCCUUGCCUCGGUGGCUGGGUUCGCCGCAGGUUCUUCCACAGGAGUCUGGCGAAAUCAGUCCGGAACACUGCUUGGCAUGCGCAUGGGUAUUAAUUGCUUUACCUUUGCGUUUCCUUUCUUCGCACUGCGAGAAUACGUGGUCGGGCCGGCCCUCUCCAGCGCAGACCCAUAUUUGCUCACAUCACUUCCAGCAAAUAUAGCGCACAACACUUCAACCACAGCUCGUUCCCCGAGGACUCGACCACCAGACCUCACGCACAAUGCACUAGCAAGCACACUGUCCGGAUCGGUCGUUGGCGCCGCGCUAGCAGGUUGGCGACGAGGAUGCGUCUCUAUUCCAUCCGGCGCCAUCGUGUUCGCCGCUCUAUGUGCAGCGCUCCAGCUCAGCGGCAACGAGGCGAGGAGAAUAGUGUGGAGAUGGCGCGCGCCCAUGGACUUGGCAACGCCAAUCGGCUCGGCACUCUCGAGGCAUGAUGCCGGAGAUGCACCGCGGGUAGAUGUGGAAAAUUUCAGCAACAUUGAAUCCCAAGUAACGCCGGAAUUAUCAGACCAGCUGCGAAAGGCAGCAUCAGAUUCACCUUCUGAAUCUUGGUUGUCGCGACUUAAGUCUGGCUUAUCUGCAGCCUCGCCAGUGCACAAAAUCUCUGACGAAGAGUACGAGGGACGCCUUCGUGCACGCUUGGUUCAAGUUGAGGCAGAGCUCAAAGAACUCGAUGUGGAGCUUAGCAGUGUGGAUCGAUUCGAAUGGGGUCAACAAGGGGGGGAGAAGGUUUUAUGAUAAGAAUUAUUGCACGCUCAUUGGAUGCACAGAGUGCAAUUUGCUGGUUCACAUCUACAUAGGUCGUGCCCUCUGCUUGUUCAUGGAAACGAUCAGUUGUUUGUAGCUGGACACGCUGCCGUAGAAUUUCUCGACGGUGCCAUCGUGGCAGACCCAAAGCUCGUCAAGCGCGCCCGAAAUAAAGCGCUCGUCGUGUGUCACGCAAAUGAUUCCGCCGUUCCAGCGCUUGAUGGCAUCCAUCAGCGCAUCAAGACCUUCGAUGUCUGCAGGAGAAAGAACCGGUUGUCAGUUGUAC